AUGCAAAAAUGCGAUCAGUGCAAUCUUUUUUCUGCUAAUCCUGAAAACUUGAAAACCCACAAUCAUGAUUAUCACAUAGCCACUGUGAGCGAAAAGGACUUCUCUUGCUCAAUAUGCCUUAAAAACAACAAAACAACACGACCAUUUAUCACCCAUCUCAAAAAACACGGCUUAAAUGUGUCCCUUAUGAAGAAGAGAAAAGUCGUCAAAUUGGAUUCUGCUGAUAAACAUUUUCAUCCGGCUGGCGAGGAAGUAGUAGAAGAGGAAACGACAAGCAAGAAGGUUUUCGCGCAGCUUCCACCGUCGUCAUUAUUAUUGGCGGAACAGCCAACAACAAAGCUAUCCCGCCUCACACAUCGUGAUGUGAUCUUGACAACCACGGACUCUCACACUGCCGAUAAAGCGACCCAAGAGGAUAAGAUUAUGCUGGCCAAGUUGGGCAGGUGGGUCCCCAUUGUAUACAACCACGAUAGUAUGCAGUACGGGAUGUUGACAUCUUCAUCAAUUGCUUCCAUAUUAUUAUCAAAAAACCAAACGACAGGCACAUGGUGCAGCCCCGCCAAUGAUAAUAAUCACUCUUCAAAAGAGGUUACGGAAAUCGAUGCUUCUCACUUAAUCGAUAUUUGA